UCUCGCGAGAGCCCGUGCUGAGUUCUCUGAGCGUCCCCGUGUGUUUGUGUGUGUAUGUGUAUUGGUGAACGUGAGUACGAGGAAGCAGCGGCCGCCAUUUCAGGGAGCUUGCCGACGCUGUCGCAGGAGAGGAUCCUGAGCUGCCAAAGCCGCUGAUCUGCUGUCCCGCGCGGGCGCAAUUAAUUCCAUUUUUUUUUUUUAGAUCCGCUCGGGCUUAGCCGCCCUCGGAGCCCGAAAUUCGGGCUGGGCGGAACCGCGGCCUGGGCCUAGCGGCUUAACAGUAGCUACAGCAGCGGCGGCCGCGACAGCAGUAGCUACAAGCAGAAGACAAUCCUUCCUGAAUACAAGCCUCACAGGCGCCCGAAAGCCCGCACAGGCGUUUGGAGAAAAUGGCAGACGAUAUUGAUAUUGAAGCAAUGCUUGAGGCUCCUUACAAGAAGGAUGAGAACAAGUUGAGCAGUGCUAACGGCCAUGAAGAACGUAGCAAAAAGAGGAAAAAAAGCAAGAGCAGAAGUCGUAGUCAUGAACGAAAGAGAAGCAAAAGUAAGGAGCGGAAACGAAGUAGAGAUAGAGAAAGGAAAAAGAGCAAAAGCCGUGAAAGGAAGCGAAGUAGAAGCAAAGAAAGGAGACGGAGUCGCUCAAGAAGUCGAGAUCGCAGAUUCAGAGGCCGCUACAGAAGUCCUUAUUCCGGACCAAAAUUUAACAGUGCCAUCCGAGGAAAGAUUGGGUUGCCUCAUAGCAUCAAAUUAAGCAGAAGACGUUCCCGUAGCAAAAGUCCAUUCAGAAAAGACAAGAGCCCUGUGAGGGAACCUAUUGAUAAUUUAACUCCUGAGGAAAGAGAUGCACGGACUGUUUUCUGCAUGCAGCUGGCAGCAAGAAUUCGACCACGGGAUUUGGAAGAGUUUUUCUCUACAGUAGGAAAGGUUCGAGAUGUAAGGAUGAUUUCUGAUAGAAAUUCAAGACGUUCCAAAGGAAUUGCUUAUGUGGAGUUUGUCGAUGUUAGCUCAGUGCCUCUAGCCAUAGGAUUAACUGGGCAGCGUGUUUUAGGAGUGCCAAUCAUAGUACAAGCAUCACAGGCAGAAAAAAACAGAGCUGCAGCAAUGGCAAACAAUCUACAAAAGGGCAGUGCUGGACCUAUGAGACUUUAUGUGGGCUCAUUACACUUUAACAUAACUGAAGAUAUGCUUCGGGGGAUCUUUGAGCCUUUUGGAAGAAUUGAAAGUAUACAGCUCAUGAUGGAUAGUGAAACGGGUCGAUCCAAGGGAUAUGGAUUUAUUACAUUUUCUGAUUCAGAAUGUGCCAAAAAGGCAUUGGAACAACUUAAUGGAUUUGAAUUAGCUGGAAGGCCAAUGAAAGUUGGUCAUGUUACUGAACGCACUGAUGCUUCCAGUGCUAGUUCAUUUUUGGACAGUGAUGAACUGGAAAGGACUGGAAUUGAUCUGGGAACAACUGGUCGCCUCCAAUUGAUGGCAAGGCUUGCAGAGGGUACGGGUUUGCAGAUACCACCAGCAGCUCAACAGGCUCUACAAAUGAGUGGCUCUUUGGCCUUUGGUGCUGUGGCAGAAUUCUCUUUUGUUAUAGAUUUACAAACAAGACUUUCCCAGCAGACUGAAGCUUCAGCUUUAGCAGCCGCUGCCUCUGUUCAACCACUUGCAACGCAGUGUUUCCAAUUAUCUAACAUGUUUAAUCCUCAAACAGAGGAAGAAGUUGGAUGGGAUACAGAAAUUAAGGAUGAUGUCAUUGAAGAAUGUAAUAAACAUGGAGGAGUUAUUCAUAUUUAUGUCGAUAAAAAUUCAGCUCAGGGCAAUGUGUAUGUGAAGUGCCCAUCAAUUGCUGCAGCUAUUGCUGCUGUCAAUGCAUUACAUGGCAGGUGGUUUGCUGGCAAAAUGAUAACAGCAGCAUACGUACCUCUUCCAACUUAUCACAAUCUCUUUCCGGAUUCCAUGACAGCAACACAACUACUGGUUCCAAGUAGACGAUGAAGGAAAAUAGUCCCUUAUGUACAUAGCUUUUUUUCUUUCUUGAGAAUUCAUCUUGAGUUAUCUUUUAUUUAGAUACAAAUAAAGAGGCAAGGGUCUACUGUCAUUUGUAUACAAUUCCUGUUACCUUGAAAAAAUAAAAAUGUUAACAGGAAUACAGUGUGCUCAUUCUCCCUAAUUAGUAAAUUCCAAUGUAUACAAAGCUGUUUUCUUGUUCUGCCUUUUAAAUGUAUAUUUACAAAAAAUUACAUAAAAAUAUAGGAGUAGCUCUAGGGGAACAAAUGUGCUUUCUAUAAAAAGGCAGACAGGGAUGUAAUGAUGUUUUUAAUGUUUCAGAAGCCUAUCUUUUUACACAGCAGUUACAUUUCACUAAUGUUGAUAUUUAGCUAAUGGCUUAGCAGAUAAGGUUUCUGGAAUAUAUAUCUAGUGUGUGAAAAUUCCAAGACAGCUAAAGGGCUGUUUAACAUCUCAUCUUGCAUUCUGAUCAAUUGGCAAGAAAGGGAGAUUUCAAAAUCAUUUCUUGAUGGUAACUUUUCAAUUAAUGUAUCUGUAAAAGUUUUUUUUUUUUUUUGUAAAUACUAUGUGUUAUGGUGUGUCUUAAGAUUCCAAACAAAAUGAUCCCUGCAUUUCCUGAAAUGUUCAGUGAUAGUCUGGUAAGCAAAGCAGUCUGAGCAGGAAAUAGGAAAUGCAGUAAUAGGUUUUGUCUGGUUGCAUAUAAUCUUUGCUCUUUUUAAGCUCUGUGAGCUCUGAAAUAUAUUUUUGGGUUACUUCAGUGUGUUUGACAAGACAGCUUGAUAUUUCUAUCAAAACAAUGACUUUCAUAUUGCAACAAUCUUUGUAAGAACCACUCAAAUAAAAUUCUCUUUAAAAGGC